AUGACCCACAAGGGCCUUGUUUCAGCAAGGCCGUUCCACUGGGGUCUUCUUCUGUUUUGUGUGCUGAGCUUGUGCAGCCGGCGAGGGUCCGCUGGCAACCAAAGCUCAAGAGGCGAGACGGGGUCAUCGAAGGAGAGGACAGGGACCUGUGAAGUGGUAGCGGCUCAUCGUUGCUGCAACAAGAACAAGAUUGAAGAACGCUCUCAGACGGUCAAGUGUUCCUGUUUCCAAGGACAUGUUGCUGGGACAACGAGGGCGCGGCCUUCUUGCGUUGAAGCCUCCAUCGUGCGUCACAAGUGGUGGUGUCAGAUGAAGCCGUGCGUGGAAGGGGAGGAUUGCCGAGUCCUGCCUGACCUGACGGGCUGGUCGUGCAUCUCCGGGAACAAAGUAAAGACCACCAAGGUGAGGAAAAGCCAUCUCGCUCCAUGGUAUGGGGUCAAGCUACCUAGUCAGCUGGAGAGAUACUAA